AUGCCCCGUCGUUGUCACACGAAAUCCCGAAAAGGAUGCGUUCAAUGCAAAGAACGACACGUCAAGUGUGAUGAACAACGACCAACUUGCAGUCUCUGCGUGAAGCGGGAGCUAACAUGCACCUAUGUAACUCCUCCGCCCAGGCGAAAGCCUACCGUAGAUCACCAGGAGGAAGCGAAAGCGCGAUAUGCGUCCGCCACGUCGAGUCCUACUAUGGUCUCGCGUCUACCGAGACUCGAGGAGAUGAGACUCUUUCACCAUGCUUUUAUGGUGACCAGUCUCAGUUUUGUCAAAGAUGACAUUGACCGGGAAUUUUGGCAGUCGGUGCUUCCGCGAAUUGCGACCAGUCAUGACUAUGUCAUGGAUGGGUCCUUAGCGGUUGCUGCGCUUCAUUUGGCUUCUUUAGAGCCGGACCGCUCGUCUCACUGGCUUGAGGCUGCGUUGACUUACCAGAAUUCCGCAAUAGCUGGGUUGAGUCGGCAUUUAGCGACUAUCAAGCAAAAUUAUGAGGCGUUGUUCAGUUGCUCCAUAUUCAAUCUGAUUUUCGUGACUGCAUAUCCAGGAAUCUACGGUGAUGGAAAUCCCGUUGAGCCGUUGGAAGAGAUUUUGACGAUGCGAUCGUUCUUGAGCGGUACUGCAUUUCUAUUCUUGCAAAUAUAUCACGGCGAGGAGAAAACAUCCAUUGAUCCUUGGCUGCGUCGUGACAAGAAGAAAUCCCCGGUUUCGAAAGACAGUGAGGAUCCGAAAAUGGUUGAGCUACACAAGACAACCUUGGAGAAACUUCAUUCAUUACGCAUUACUAUCGACAAACUUCAAAAUCCUCAUCAAGAGAUCUACCAAAUAACUUAUGAUCUACUCCUCAAGGCCACUAAAGGCUGGCCCAACGAGGAUAGCAUAUCAUGGCCGAUUGAGAUUGGCGACCCCUUCCUGGACUUGGUAAAACAAGGCGACUGGAUGGCUCGCAUCAUGCUCUUGUUUCACGGGUUGGGUAUGCAUCUACUGUCAAGAAAGUGGUUUGCUAGGGGCUCAGGAAGGAGGCUGGUCCUCGGUAUUUUGCAACCACUUGAGGGGGAAAUCCCACCCGAAUGGCUGGACAUAACCCAGUGGAUUAGGGAAGCGGUGGAUAUCUGA